GCUCCGUAGCCAUUUUGGCUCAAGCUGGGCAGCGUCUGCGCUGACAGCCGGUGGCGUCCCUGGGCGGAGCUCGCCGCUGCCGUGUGUGUGUGUGUGUGUUUGCACAUGGCCUCCGUGGUGCCCACGUCCUCGCCGCGGCGGCGGCAGGCCCACCUUGUCUCCGGCGCCAUCGUCGGCGCUCCGCUCCUGCUCCUCGCCGCUCAGCUCUGCCGCGGCCUCGGCACGGACGCCGCGGCUUUCGUGAGCCUGCCGCCGGCGAGCAGCAGCGCGCUGCGAGGCAGCGCCGCCCCCGCGCCGGAGCUCGGCAGGGCCGCCCCCCUGGGCCCGCCCCCUGCCGCCGCUGCGGGCGUCAGCCUGGCUGGCGUCGCGGGCACCGCCGCCCUGGUGCUGGCCUCCGUGGCGGCAGUUUCCGGCAGCCGGAGGCACAGGGGGCUCACUAGCCGGCGGGCGACGCGGCUCGAGGACCUCAGCGUCGGCGACGAGUUCGAGGGCACCGUGAACCGUGUGGCCAACAUCGGCAUCUACGUGAACAUCGGCGCAGAGAAGGACGCUCUGCUCCCAGCGAUGAUGAUCCCAAAGGGCACCAAGUACAAGGUGGGCGACAAGAUCUCCGGCCUGACCAUCACGGAGGUCCAGACCGGAGACACCCCGGCCACGCGCAAGAUCCGCCUGAGCGUCAAGGUGGCCCCUGUGAAGGUGAAGGAGGGCGAGAUCGUCAAGGGCACCUGCACCGGGUCCGCUGACAACAUCGGCGUCUUCUUCGACAUCGGCGAGCCGUCCGAAGCCCUGGCGCCGCAGCGCUUCCUUACGAAGCCCCUGGAGGAGUACAGCAAGGGCGACGAGGUGGAGCUGAGGGUUGUCUCGAUCGUCGGGAACAGGAUCACCGUGUCCCCCGACCUCGAGCCCAAGGUGGCCAGCAUCAAGAUCGAGGACCUGGCCGUGGGCCAGAAGGUCCAGGGCACCAUCAUCAGGGCCAACGCCCAGUACGGCCUCUUCAUGGACAUCGGAACUGAGCGCGACGCCCUGUAUCGCAUCAACCAGUUGGAGAAGCCCGUCGACGAGUACAAAGUGGGCGAGAAGGUCGAGGGCCUGCGCGUCUCGUCCAUCAACCUCGAGAGGGAGGAGGUGGAGGUCUCGACGAAGCAGAUGCCCUCCGAGUGCAAGGUGGGCGAGGUCCUCGAGGGCACCGUCGAGAGCAUCACCAAGUACGGGGUCUUCUUCGACGCCAACCUCACGGUGUCGGUGCUCUGCCCGACCGCGUUCCUGGGCAAGCCGGCCAGCGAGUACACCGUCGGCGAGGUGGCCGACCUCACCAUCAUGACCAUCGAGGUCUCGACCAACAGGAUCUCUGUGUCCACCUCGUCGGGCGCACCGAUCUCGGACUUCCCCCGCGGCGCGCAGGUCUCUGGCACGAUCACCAAGAAGACGCAAGGCGGCCUCAGCAUCGACGUCGGCGCCAUUCUCAACGCAACUAUCCGUGAGAAGAACCUCCCGAAGCCACUGUCAGAGUAUAACGAGGGCGAUGAGAUCGAUAACCUCUUCGUCGUCACGUCUGACUCCACCACAAGCCGGCUCGAGGUGAGCUCCACCGAGGCCCUGAAUAACCAAGAGGAGGACGAUUCGACGUCCCUGAGCGAGCUCAAAGUCGGCGACACGGUGAACGGCAAGGUGUCCCGCGUCAUGGAGUUUGGCGUCUUCGUGGACGUGGGCGCUGAGCGCGACGCGCUGUAUUCGGCGUCCGAACUCGACAGGCCCAUUGGAGAGUUCAAGAAAGGACUGGAGCUGACGGGCCUCAGAGUCAUCCAGUCGGACCCGAACAAGCAGCGCCUGGCCGUCUCCUCGAGGAAGCUUGCUGGCGACUUCUCUGAGGGCGAUGUGAUCGAUGGAAAGGUUGACAAGGUCCUGGCUUUCGGAGCUUUCAUCGAGAUCGGAGCCUCGUUCCAGGCGCUGCUUCCGACGCGAAUGAUGAAGGACGGCGACGCUUGCAAGAGUGGUGAUGAGCUCAAGGGCCUGGUCGUCGUCAAUGUCGACGCCGCAGAGAACAAGAUGGUUCUCGCAGAGGCUGGAUUCGAGGCCGCGGGAGGCAGCGGCAUCAAGUUCGGCGACCUGUCGGUGGGCCAGCAGCUCAAGGGAACCGUUAAGACGCUCAAGGAGUACGGCGCCUUCGUCGACAUCGGCCUCAGGAGGGACGCGCUGCUGCCCACGGCUUUCGUGAACGCGAAGGAGGGCAUGUCCAUGGAGACGCUUCAGGUCGGCGACUCGCUUGACGUAUACAUCGCCAGGAUGGACGCUACUGACGAGAAGAUCAGUUUGUCCCUGACGGAGCCCUCCGAGGCCAGCGUCGUGGCCCCGGGCUCCCGCGUGGGAGGAGGCGGCAAGCUGCCGCCUGGGGACGUGCCGUGCGACCCCCUGCGGACCGCGCGCAUGGUAGCCAUGAACGCAUGGGGCAUACCGGACAUGGAGGUCCUUGACAAGUACCACGUCCCGCUCGAGCAGUGGGCGGUGAACAUGCCCGAGCUCUUCGAGUUCUCGGAGAAGGAGACCGACGUCGUCCUGUUCCCGGACUCCAAGCUGCACUUCACCGGGAGCGAGGAGAUCAAGCAGUCGGUGCCGUUCUACAUCCCCGUGCCCGUGCAGCUGCGCGCGGACCCCACAGCGCCGGCCGAGAUCCCCGAGCCGAGCCUCCAUGACACCGUCAUCUCUUACGACUACGGCACGAGCCACAAGAUCCACCGCAAGUACAUGCAGCCGCCGCUCAACGACCCUAACUGGAGAUGGAGGCCGAUUCCGGGCGAGGUCGGCAGGUACUGGGCGCUCGACGCGAACAAGAGGUGGGGCGGCAAGGAGCAGAGGGAGCCGCUCCCCGACUGGAAGGAGACGUACUAGGCUGCUCGCCGCGAGGGGCGAGGGCAGGCGGGCGGCUCCCGGCGGCGGCGGUGAGGGAUGCGCUCCCUGCUCGCCGGCUAUCCAGGCUCUCCGACACACCAGCGACCCGAGUACACCGGUUGUCGAUAGCGCCGCCGUGGUGCGCACUUGCUUCAGUGGGGCCACCGCCAGGCAGACUGUCAGCAGAGCGUCAUGGAAGGAAGUCUGGGGACCCGCCGAAGGUGUGGCAAAGUUCAGGAGGGGAAA